GUAAAGAGUUAAGUACACCCCUACAGAGCCCGUUUAACAGCAUCUUCAAAACUUCCUGCUGUAACAGGUGCCAGUAACACAAAAACAAUGGGCAGGCUUUCUCUAUACGUUAUGAUCUGUGGAAUUGCCCUUGCAGUCUUAAUGCCAGACUUUCUGAGUGCUGGCCCUGUAGGGCACCAUGAAGACAAGAAUGUUAUGGAAGCUGCUGCUGAGGAGAACACAGACAGCGUAUCUCCAUUGAAUAAGCUGACACGCAACAAGAGGAACAUUGCUUACUACAGAAGCCAGCCUGAUUUCUGGGGCUGGUAUAAAUACUACAUGGAGUCCAACAACCAGGAGGGACUCGAGGGCAUGGACCGCAUGUACCUCACAUAUCUGCAGAAUAAGCACAGGGUAGAAGAGGGUCGCUCUUUCAACCAUUACCUCACUCACCUGAGUGAAAUUUAUAAAGCCUGUGCCAACUCAGACGACCCAGACUGCAUUGCAGAAUCUACCAGCAAGCCCAAAGCUAAGCUUGUCAUGCCUUUACUGAUAAAGCAUGCAGCGGUGACGGCGUGCAACCCGUACCUCGACCCCUACUGCCUCUCCGGUUAUGGACCGAAAGCUGCACAAAUGGAGCCAAAGAUCCCGGCACCCAUCCUGCGCUCCCUACACCCCCUCCCGCUGAAAACUGGACCCAGCCCCUACUACUAUGGGCCGGUCAUGGAGCCUUUCCUGUCAGCAGAGAAGAGGGAGGAGCUCCUGCGUAUCUGCAACCCUUCAGACACUGAGUGUUUGCAGUAUCACCUGCGUGCUGCCUACGGCUACAAGCCCUCUCUCAGCCAUGUGCCAUCUUAUGGUUAUCUUGGUUGUGAUCCUACCAAGGACCCCUACUGCCGGCCCAAGCUGGUAGCCAGAGGACCCUCAGGUCUGUAUCACCUGUAUCCUGGAUGUAACCCUGCCACGGACCCCCUCUGCGUCGCCAACGUGGCCGCACCUGCAGCCCAAACGGCAGAGGGCGAGGCCCCAAAAGAUAAGUUUUGCAACCCGUUGUAUGAUGAGGGCUGCAACCCCCUUACAGCUGGCAAGCUAUCUGGACUCACUUCACCUAUCUACGUUCCAAAAGAUGAGCCGGCACCACACAAUCUGGCCUGCGAUCCUCGCUACGAUCCUUACUGUUUGAUGGGCGGGACUGCCGCUCUCAUGAAACCCCCUCCAGGCAUCCCCCAGUAUCAGAGCCGUCACCGACUGGGUAUCCGUGGGAAGACCAAGGAAGGUUACGACUGUUACGUGUUUUACGAUAAGGACUGCACGCCAGCGGAGGAUCAGGACCUGAGGGCCGGUUCGGAACUCGACUGCCACCCUUAUGACCCCAACUGUGGGAAGUUUGCCCCUCAGCCAGCCAACGGAGCAGAAGCAGCUAAGACAGCCAAAGAUGGCAUCAUUGAGCCCCACCCCGACUGUGACCCCGAAAUCGAUUUCAACUGCCGUCUGCGUAGAGGAGAACCCGCAGGCGAGGAGCACAAAGAUUAUCCAGCCCAGCAGAAACAAGAUUAUGCGGCUCCUGAGCAUUCACUUCCACGAUUCGAGGACUUCAUGCGGGGAUCUGUGGGUGGCUACAAGAAAUGAGAAAGCAAACACCCUCCUGUAGAAACUGGAUGAGAAUGAAUGAACACUUGCAAGGAUAGAUGUCUAGUUAUGAAGACUGAAGUUCAGAUCGGUGCAAGAGAAGCGAUUCAGGAUAACCCAAGAAUUAUUUCUGUAUUGAUCAUUUUGUCUGUGAUAGAUGUUGGGAAACUUGUGGGAUAGAUUCUUUGUUAGACUUUGGGGUUCUGUUGAUAGUAAUCUGACGCAAUCUGUGUAUUUAUGUAUUAUAUAU